AUUUAAUAAAUUUACCACCUUGCCUUCUCGUCCUCUCGAGGUCUGUUUAUGCACUUAUUUCCUUGGCAAGUUGGUAACUUGGCGAAUCAAUAGAACGGACGAGAUGCGCAUCUUCAAUCCCACCCUACUGGCGCUAAGUCUCCUGCCGCUCAUCCGUGGUUCCCUGGCCUGCUCCGGUUGCUUCGGUCCUGUAGAUCAUGUCGAACAUGUCCGACACGUUAAGCGGAUGCAGCCAGAUGCAAUCAACGCCACCUAUGGACCUACGAGAGCUUUAGAGUGGGGACAAUUGAAUUUCUUGCAUACGACCGACACUCACGGAUGGCUAGAAGGCCACUUGAAGCAAGGGAAUUAUGGCGCCGACUGGGGUGACUUCGUCACCUUCUCUACUCACUUCAAGCACCAGGCUGGCAAUAUGGGAGUUGAUAUUCUUUUGGUGGAUACAGGUGAUCUUCAUGACGGGGCAGGAUUAAGCGAUGCCACAACACCAGAUGGUGCCGUCUCGAUGACAGUAUUCGACAAGGUCGAGUAUGACCUACUCACUAUCGGAAAUCAUGAAUUAUAUCUUGCCACCGUAGCUUACCAGGCCAUGUAUAAUAUCUCUACCUACUGGGGUGAGAAAUAUCUAACAUCCAACGUCCAAAUACUCAACCCAGAGACGAACGAGUGGCAGUAUAUUGGCAACACACACCGAUACUUCACUACCCAACAUGGCCUUAGAGUUAUGGCCUUCGGCGUGCUAUUUGACUUCACCGGCAAUACAAAUGUCAGUAAAGUCAUACCCGCGAAAACCAUGGUCACGCAGCAAUGGUUUCUAGAUAUUCUUCAUUCCCCGGAGCCUGUAGACGUUUUUAUAAUCCUGGGCCAUAACCCUGCGCGCCCGACUGAUUCGAUCAGCACCUUUCCAGUUGUAUUCGACGCCAUUCGUGCGGUAUAUCCCGAUACCCCUAUCCAAUUCAUGGGAGGUCAUACUCAUAUCAGAGACUUUGCUGUCUUAGACGCCAGCAGCACGGCAAUGGAAUCGGGUCGUUAUUGCGAAACUCUCGGUUGGUUCUCAAUGUCUGGGUUUGAUAGUAAAAACAGCGGUUAUCAUGGAAUCGCGCCCGGUCCAGCUGGCGUUCCCAACCCAACUCGCAAGGCAACGCAGAAUUCCACCUCCCCGUUCGUAUACUCGCGCCGCUAUCUUGACUGGAACCGUCGGACGUUUGAGUACCACGCCGCGACCUGGUAUGACGAGAAGUUCGAUUACAACAACGGGCUAGCUGUCUCUUCCGAGAUUACGAAGUACAGGAAGCAGCUUAACCUUACGGACGUGUAUGGAUGCACACCAAAGGAUUAUUGCAUGACGUGCACGCCGUUUAAUAGUACCGGGAAUAUAUUCCCCUUGUUAUCUGACGCGCUCUCUAAGGCUGUCGUCAACGAAUCGCGUCAAGAUAUACCGCGCUUUAUUAUUGCCAACACGGGAAGCGUCCGAUUCGACAUGUAUAAAGGGCCCUUCACGUAUGACGAUCAGUUCAUCGUCUCGCCGUUUCUUGAUCACUUCUUAUAUAUACCAGGAAUACCGUACAGCUUGGCCAGUACUUUGCUUCAGUCACUUAACAAUGCGGGUGCCAGCCAGAAGCGCAGCGUUGGCGUCAUGCCUAUCGAGCGUGAUAUCUGCGUCGACCCGUCUCCCCUUCACCUCUCUGCGGUUCGAGGCGGAGAGAGCCAUGGUCAGGUUAACAUCACGAAGCGUCAAGUAGUCGAUUUGGCUCCGGGCUACACGACUAAGGACGAUUUUGGUACUGAUGGGGACGACACUGCGCAUACUGGGAUCCCACAUUAUGAUAUUCCCGAUUUCUUCCAGGGCAAAGCUGGAUUUGACGAGGGUACUCAACCUGAUGUUGUUGAUGUAGUAUUUGUCGACUUCAUCGAGAGCGAUCUUCUUGCUAUCCUUGGCUCCAACUAUAGCUCUAGCGAUGUUUCUUUCUACAUCGAUGAAAGCUUCACGACGCGGGACUACUUGCCGAUAUAUGUCAAAAACUCCCAGACCUUUCAAGCUGGUUUGGCCAACUGCACGUCUGGCUAGAGAGUAUCGAUGAAGUCGGCUUAAGUUAGUAAUGAACAUGAUGAUAGGCUUUACUUCCUGUGUCCCGCAUGUGCGUGUGGUGAAUAGACGUGGUCUGUGGUCCGUGCUUCGUUACAGUAUCGGGUUUACGCCGAUUCCACGGUGAGUGCAAAUACUAGGUACGUAGGUACCACCCAACAGUGAUAGGUAUAUGGCUGUAUGGUA